AUGGUGGGUUUCGGUCGCAACUUUGACCUUUCUCCAGGCAUCAGCAGAUUCUCUGCUGCUCGUCUUUACACCAAACGUGGAACCGAGAAGGUUCUCGUUACCCCAAAACGCAAGGAGAGCACUAUCAACCUUCCUUUGACCAGAUCUGCCCCUAAGUUCCGUGCUGCUAAAUCUCACCCAGCUCCUCUUCGCAAGUCCAUCACCCCAGGAACCAUCCUUAUUGUUCUUGCUGGAAAGCAUAAGGGAAAGCGCGUUGUUUUCCUUAAGCAACUUAACAAGUCUGGUACUCUUCUCUGCACUGGACCCCACAAGAUCAAUGCCUUCCCACUCAGAAGGAUCGCCCAGAGCUACGUUAUUGCUACUAAGACUCAACUCGAUAUCUCCGGAGUAAAGGUCCCAGAUCACAUCAAUGAUGAAUACUUCAAGAGAAAGACCGUUAGCACCAGAAAGGGAGAGAACAUCUUCGCCUCCGGAAAGGUUGACUACGUCGUUACUGAACAAAGAAAGACCGACCAAAAGGCUGUCGAUAAGGCCAUCCUCGAAUCCAUCAAGAAGAACAAGGACGCUAAGGCUCUUUUCGGAUAUUUGGGAACCAGAUUUGCUCUCCAAAAGGGACAAUACCCACACAAGCUGUUGUUCUAA